UCAUCAUUUGACCACCAACUCAACUGCCAAUCAGCAACCAUGGUCGGUGCUAAUUACAUGGGUGGAAAAAGGUUUGACUGGACCUGCUACCCACAUUAUCAGAGUUAAAGCACGACGCCUAGAAAUGCAGUACGUGCGAAGACAAAAGACGCGGCUGGCCGUGCACAAAAACGCACUUUGUAAAACAACGUCUAGCGAAUGCUCUAGGACACCGUAGUCCUGGGGAUCGUCGUAAUUCCGGUCCAUUGCGUUCAGCUUCUUUGUUGUCCGAGAUAUCUCUCGCCCACGCACCCCAUAACACUAGAAGGUCUCCACAUGUCCCCCUCAAUCAGUAUUAUACGUUAUCUUCUGAUAACGAGAAUGGCCGAAAACGACCAUCCAAAGUACUCUCUGCAUUGGAUACGUCGGAUCGUAUGCUUCUGUGUUUCCGAAUCCUUGUCGGCGCUAAGGAUCUGUUGUGUUAGACAUGUCGAUCCGAGCUGCUAUCGAUCGGAUACUUCAACUACCAGAUCUAGUUGGUGCUCAAGCGGUUACUCACAAGGACACAGUGCCCUGCGGGGGCGCGAGAACGGCCAACGACAGUUCUGAUGAAUAUGGAACUAACGACCAAGAUUCUCCUUUUGAUACCGAGCAUUUACAGCGACCAGAAAACAAUAAUACAGACGAGGGGAUGGCUUCCCGGAAUUUCCGUGACAGGCCUCUCUGUGCCCAAAGUAAUCAGUUCUCGCCCCUUCCUCGGUCUUCUCCCUUCACCACCGAUUCUUCCUUUAUGGAUGUUGAUCGCGACAUGAUCUUGGAGUUCGAGUCUUCACCAAGGCCUCCCCCUAGUCCUAUAACCGAAUGGUCUAACGAGCAGUCCAUGAUGUUUGGCCACUACUUCCCGGCAACACAACACAUGCACCCAUCGAAGGAUUCGGGGCACGGUCAGACUUGGGGCACUUUCAGCCCUUAUCUCUUUUCUGGAAGUAAGAUCCACUCAAGUCCUGAGUUGUCGCUUUCCUUCCUUUCACAUCAGCCUACGUUCCGAGGACUGGAAUUUUCCGACAGCCCUGACCGGGUACGUUGUAUUCAUGAGACGCAGCCUGUAAAGGACAAUUCAGAUAUUGUCCCUAUGACUCACCUGCCGCUUGACUUCCUUUCCGAUCCGGAUCCCUGGGCAACUAUUGGAAGGAUUCUGCAAGUGGAACGUUUGAAGGUUGCAUCGACGGAAGGCGUUGGUUACUCCGUGAAAACCGGGAGAGAUGUCACCAGCAGCAUGUUCACUGGUGCAGAAACGGCGGUCGGGUCUAAUCAGACUGCAUCGCGGUUUGGUUCAGUUCACAAGCCUCUUGAGGAUGCCUUGGCGCACGAUCUGAACACAUUCGAUGAUGACGUCAAGCUAUCCUCGCGGUUGCGAAGUGGCCUCCCUAUCUGGAAAAAAAUGGGCCACUGAAGGAGAUGGGGCACGAAUGAUGGGAGGUCACUUGCUGACCGAACUGGAAUGCCGGACAUCCGAUGCCUUUCCAGAGAAAAACGCAGCUAUGGUUUACGACGGACCAUGUUUAUUUGGUGAUUCUGACUCUGAAGACGAUUAACUUCACAUCAUUACUUGCUUAUAUGAAGUAUCGUUUGUAGUACAUGUACUGCGUGGCUGCAAUUGUUUGGCACCUCAGC